AUGCUAAGUUUGAAUGUCUCCGAUUCGCUUCGUCUUCCCUUCCUAAACUCAAAGCCUCCCAAAUCCGAUUCGCCUUCUUCCUCACCGUCGAGAAGAUGCGUUGUCUCCGCUUUUCCAAUCCGGAUCGGUUUUCCGGUUCAAUUUCGUCGAAAUCAAUCUCGGAUACGGUUCAAGAAAGCUGAAUCUGAAGAAGAAGAAUGUAGAAGUCUUGAAUUUGUGGUUAAACCAUCAAGAAGAGAGACUCAUCAGAGAGCUCUCAAGUUCUUGGCUCUGUCUGGUUCUUCGCUGGCGUUACUCGGAAGUGAUCAAGCUUUUGCAGCGGUUACGCAGAUUCCGAACGGGAUGAUGCAGACAUUUGUGACCUCUCUUGGAGACCUCGGAGACAUUAGCUCAGGUUUUGCUUCGGCGUUCUUGCUUAUCUUCUUCUCUGAACUUGGAGACAAGACUUUCUUCAUUGCUGCUCUGUUAGCUGCAAGGAACAAUGCUGUUACCGUAUUCGCAGGGACUUUUGGCGCUCUAGGGAUAAUGACGAUAAUAUCUGUAGUGCUUGGACGAACUUUCCACUAUGUUGAUGAAAUUCUUCCAUUCAGGUUUGGUGAAACAGAUUUGCCUAUAGAUGAUAUUGCAGCAGUUUGUCUUCUGGUUUACUUUGGUGUUUCAACGUUAUCAGACGCUAUUUCAAACGAUGGACUUAAAGCUGAUGAAGAACAGAAAGAAGCGGAGCUAGCUGUUUCAGAGCUUUCAGGUAAUGGAGCUGGUUUAAUAGCAGCAGCGAACACCAUCAUCAGCACCUUCGCGUUGGUUUUUGUUGCGGAAUGGGGUGACAAAUCCUUCUUCUCAACAAUCGCUCUUGCGGCUGCGUCAUCGCCAUUGGGUGUCAUCGCUGGUGCAUUGGCUGGUCAUGGUGCUGCGACUCUUCUUGCUGUUUUGGGAGGUUCUUUGCUAGGAAAUUUCUUGUCAGAGAAGGCAAUUGCUUAUGUCGGAGGAGUUUUGUUUCUCGUGUUUGCUGCUGUGACGGUAGCUGAGAUCAUUACGUAA